AUGCUGGACUGGAGAUUGGCAAGUGCACAUUUUAUCCUGGCUGUGAUGUUGACGCUGUGGAGCUCAGGAAAAGUGCUCUCAGUGGAUGUCACAACAGAGACCUUUGAUUCUGGAGUCACAGAUGUGCAGUCACCACCCACAGUCAGGGAAGAGAAAUCAGCCUCUGAUCUGGCAGCAAAACUCUUGUUUCUUGAUGAACUCGUGUCUCUGGAGAAUGAUGUGAUUGAAACAAAGAAGAAAAGGAGCUUCUCUGGCUUUGGUUCCCCCUUGGACAGACUCUCAGCUGGCUCUCUAGAGCGCAAAGGUAAACAGAGGAAAGUAGUAAAUCAUCCAAAAAGACGAUUUGGUAUCCCUGUGGAUCGGAUUGGUGGAAAUCGGCUUUCAAAUUCCAGAGGCUAAUUGAUUCCAGUAGCGCAACUUCCUUGGGUAAAAUGUCACAGAGAUAUGGAAGAUGCUUCAGUGAAGUUCUUCACACUCUUUAAUAAUUAAACUUUUAAGGAACUGACCUUCUGCAAAUCCUUUCCAAAGCUUGAACUUCAGUCCAUCACAUCACAGUAUUGUUACAGUUUCAAUUAAAUUAUGCAGGUCAUUUCAAUGCAUGGAUGUUUUUAAAAUACAUUUUUUAGUUAUUCAGGAAUGGUUACUUGGUCCCAAAUCUUACUUUUCUAAGAAACAAUCAAAACACACGGUACAGUGAAAUGCUUUCUCUAUGCAUUUACCAUUUACACUUAUGCAGUUGGAGAAUAAUAACUGAAGACUGAUUUGUUCUGUAAAAUUAGGUCCAAUCUGUUUGCUCAUUAUUGGGAAACAAGGAAAGACAAUGCUGUAUGUUUUCUCUUGAAUACUUUUACUUCUCUCUCAUCCUUUGUCUGUGAGCCUCUUGGGUAAUGAUUACAAAAUUAGGCUUCUCUUAUUAUAUUCAAAUUUCAGUUAGGCUCAACCAAAUAAAACACAGCCACAGUUCCAGAAACAAGAGGAAAAAGAUCUCUGAGCAAGGAAAAAACAGCAGUAAUUAAGCCAAUAAACUUUAUCCUCCCAAAGAACUGAGAAAAUUCCUGCAGGUCAGAGAAUAUUGAUUUAGAACUAGGAAGUGAAGGAUAUUACUCAUUUGUCAAGUCUGGAUAUUCCGUGUCCACUAACAACUUUCCAUUUCUCUAAAUUACAACUGAUAGUUAAUUAAGAGCAGUAGUGUCUGAUUAUGAGGAGAACAACUACACAAGGAAGUAACAUAUGAAAGUAUGGGGGAAGUCAAAGAAUCAUGAGGCAGUAAGCCACCAGAGCAGUCUGGGUUAAGUACAUAUAAUUUUAGCACAGCCCAUUUUAGCAUAGCACAAUAAACCAUCUUUUUGAUGUUACUGACUCAACUAAGAAACUGUUUAAUCUGUUUCAUAUACUGUGUUUAAUAAGGCAUUGAAGAGUAUAAUGUGUUUGAGAAUGAUUUCUUUAAAAUGAUUCAAAUUAUUUUUAAUUGACCUAUCAAUUCUCAGUUCUCAGCAAUAACUGUGAUGUUACUGUAAUUUAGGCACGUAAAACCAUUGUGCAUUGGAUAUGCUUUCAAAACAUGAAGAUAACAUAGUCCUUGGACCAGAGAUUUGGCAUAAGUUAGGAGAAGUUUCUAAAACCUCUGGAAAGCACUUCUUUAAACUCUAACAAUCACUGUCAAAUAGACCUGAUAUGUGGGAGGAAAACAGUUUGCCCAGUAGAGCAGAGGUUUAUUUUAGCAUAAAAAGGAAGAGUGUUAUGAGAAGGUACAAUCAUAUUAGAAGAAGAGAGAAAUAGGUAGUUAUUAAUCUUAACUAAAAAUGAAUUAAUAUACAAUCCAAAGAAUAAAAUAAAUGCAAAGAAAUAUAAAAAUGAACCUAUGUACUUAAAAUACAGAGUGGUUUUGUAUAUAACUUCUUAGUUUUGGGGAAAACUUUCCAACUGCCAGAAAUCUUUAAGGGUAGGAAAAAACAGUAAAUGAAUAAUUCUUUUAAUUACAAUAGAGGUGCUGUAGCAAAGAGAAAUGAAUUUUGAGAAAGCUAACCAAUUCUGCUUUUCAUAAACUUACAUUAGAAAGUUAGCAGUGGUACAUGGGCAAAUACCCUGCAGGACUCACUGUUUGAAAGAAUUAUUUAAGAAGAAGAUAUCAUAACUUCUCUUGCCCACCUUUCCCCAACCUUCUGAUGAAUUACAAAAAUGUAUGCUUUUUCUUGGAAGCUCUUUCCCUUUUCUCCCAUUUGGAUAUUUGUAAGCCUCUAAUCCAACUGGGUGUUACUUCUUCAUGCUUUGACAAAAGGUAUUACAACCUCCUUUAGCCUAAAAAUUUCUCUUAGUGAAGACUUAAAGUUGGACUAAACAAGUUUAUUUCCUAUCAUAUAUUUUUAAUUCAAAAUUAUGCUUAUGGCAUUCAAUUUAAUUAAAGUA